AUGAUAGAAGAACAUUGUCAUGUCGGUGCAUUGUGUAUUGAUGGUCUUCUGGUGUACAGUAUUCAAGAAGGUUCAAUGAAUACUGAUGAUUAUGAAAAUUUUAUUGAGCAUGUAUUAUAUUUGCAAGACAUCUGUAACGAAAAGGGUGUUAUACUAGAAUUUUUACCUGCUUACUCUCUGGAUUUCAAUCCAAUCGAGCAGACUUUUUUUUAUAUAAAAAACUAUCUAAGACAAAAUAAAAUUUGGGCAGAAUCAAUGCAAGAUCCUUUGGACAUUUUAGAUUUUAGUUGUAUAACAAUUGAGAAAAAAUUAGCUUAUGCAUGUUAUCAACAUGGGGGAUAUAUACUAUAG